AUGCAACAAAAAUCGGACGCCGUUACACCGCUUCCCCUGAAGCAGAUGUUCCCGUUAGCACUCGUUCUGCUAAACGAAAGUCUUUGUUCUUCAAUACUUCUGCCCUAUGUUGGAUACCUCGUGUCAUUCUUCGAAAAGUGUCCCCCAGAGGAGGCCGGUUACAUGUCAGGAGUGGUUUUGGGAUCCUUCAUGCUUGGGCAGUUCACGAGCGGCAAAAUGUGGGGUUGGAUGAGUGACUAUUACGGUCGUAAACCAACCCUUGCGUUAGGUCUUAUUAUCGGUGGGUUGAUGGUUCUUUGCUUUGGCUUCAGCGGCAACAUCUGGGUUUGCAUCAUUUUUCGUUUCUUUCAUGGCCUCUCGAACGGAAACCUUUUGGUCGCAAAGACAGUACUGGCUGAUAUUCUCGACAGAACCAAUGAAGCCCAAGGGUUUGCGAUGGUUAGUUUCACGUACGGUUUCGGGAUUCUAAUCGGUCCGGCGAUGGGUGGACUGCUGUACGAUCCCGCAAACAGCAAUAUGUUUCGUUGGGCAGGUUUCAGAAAAGAUGGCGUUUUCGCCCGCUACCCGGGACUGAUGCCAGCAGUUGCAUGCUUCUUCUACGCUAUUUUUGCUCUUGUCAUAUGUUUGGUGUUUCUAGCGGAGACCAAUCCUCAUGCUCGACCUUUACCAGGGUGGAUUUUGGCGCUCCUACCAUCUUCGCUGCGACUCAGAGCCACACAUGAGGUGGUCCCAAAUAAUGAAAAUAUAGAGGCUGUAGUUGUCGAGCCGGAGCCGGAUUAUUUUUUCAAUGGGUUACCUGAUGAGUCUGAUAUCUUAGGUGAAAAUCAUGGGACUGCGACAUGGGAGAAGUCUCAACAGCUUUCUUUUCGGAAGGACGGAACAAACGAAGAAGCGAAGCAACACAAAGAAGCAGCACCUAACGGUACAAAUGGUCGGGUGGAUUCUCAUCUAGAAGUAGAUCGCGAGGCGAGUGCCCCGGCUCUGCGCGGUGCAGAUGAAAUAAGUGUUGCUACUUCUCAAGAAAAGGAACCGUUUGGGUACAGAGAUUCAUUUGUAAACCCCAAUACGAGGUGUGUAUUAGUCACCUACAUGCUCAUUUGCUGUGGAGAUGUGGCGUUCUCGGAGAUUUUUUCGUUGUGGGCGAUUGCAGGGACAUCUCAUGGAGGACUCGGUUAUCAGGCCAGUGCGGUUGGGACGCUUCUCUUAACGAACAGUUUCCCGUGUCUCUUGUCUAACGUCACGUUGCACCUCGCAUGUCGCGUGAUUACCAACAAAUUAGUUUUGUGGCGUAUUUCCGUGAUGAUAAUUUCUGUGGUAGUUGGUUUGAUGCCUUUCGUGACGUAUGCGGUGGGAGGUGCACAGAUCCCCUUACUUCUCAUGUGCACAUUUGCCAGGCAGUGGUUUAGUUCCUGGGCUUUCGGACUCAUUACAAUAUUUACUGCUCGCGUUGCGCCACCCCUUCACACAGGUACAAUGUAUGGUAUUGCCCAAUCUUGUGGCUCAAUAGUGCGUUGCGUGAUUCCGUUCGCAAUUACCCCACUGUUUGCGUGGUCAAUAUCAGGUCAUAAGCCCAUUCCAUUCAACAGCGUGCUUACCUUUCUCAUUUCAUCCGUAAUGUUUAUCUCUGCAUGUGUUGGUUCGUUAGGUCUCAAGGUUGAAGACGAAAACGAGCUGCAAAACGAACAGCAACUCGAAACAAACUAUGUGGUGGUUAUGGAUUGCGAAUUUGAUGACGGGGACGCUAGGGGUGGAAUUUUCACAGGUAUUAAGGGGUGA